AUGUCCUGCUCCAUACGCCAAAGCUGCUUGAGACAGCUUUCUCGGAAUACCCUGAGAUGGGCAUCCUUUCCCUCGUUUUCCUCUCCCGCCGCCUCCCUGUCCCGACGCACACAAUGUUUUUCGACCACCGCUCCGGCACAAUCUCGAGUUGGCGGCGCUGCGAUUUCGGUACCGCCAGAGGUUUCGUUGAGUUUUAUUGAUCUGCCUCAGACGCAAGUUCGUGGGAGGACAAAGGAGAUUUCGAAGACUGCGAUUGAGAUCAAGGGGCCGUUAGGCCAAUUGACCCUUGACCUCCCUCCCUUCCUCGAAAUCGCCCAUGAUGAAUCCACCCGAAAAGCAAAAGUGUCUGUGAGGGACGCUGAAGAUGAACACCAGCGUGCUAUGUGGGGUACCAUGCGCGCACACUUGCAGAACCACGUCCUAGGUGUCUCAGAAGGCCACAUCUGUAUUCUCAGUCUGGUUGGUGUCGGUUACAGGGCCAGCAUCGAAUCCACGGCAACCACGGUCGAAUCCACCUAUCCUGGUCAACAGUUCAUUAACCUGAAAGUCGGUUUCUCGCACCCGGUCGAGCUGGGUAUUCCGGAGGGCGUCAAGGCGAGCACUCCGCAACCCACACGUAUCCUGCUGGAGGGAGUUAAGAAAGACGUGGUGACGAGGUUUGCGGCAGAAAUUCGGGAAUGGAGAAGACCGGAGCCGUACAAGGGCAAGGGUAUCUUCAUUAAUGGAGAGACGAUUAGACUGAAGGCCAAGAAGAUCAGGUAA